UCUAGGCGAACUGAGCUCAGCAAGAGCAUGCCCUCACGCCCUCACUACCUUAUUACCUUGUUGCUCUAAACUCCUGCAAGGACCAAGUCCUCUCCCACCUCUGCUUCAACCUAGUCGCACAUCACAUGUAUGCUGUGGACGAACAACACACGAGACUACGUCUGUAGCCCAACAUGCGCUGAUGGGACCUUGGACACACAUCUCACCCGAUCCUCAUGGCGGAUGAAGAAGAUCUCUUGACCAAGGUCCACGGCCUGAGCGACCUUGAGCUCGCCGCCUUCUUGUGCCUGGUCAACCGAGAACACUGCAUCGUCAGUACUCCGCCCGUCGCCCUCAAUGAGCUCAUCGAGGAGCUCCAGCUUAUCGCGACCAAGACCUUUGGUCUGACGUGUGCCAUCGUGGACUGCUCUCCGCAAACCACCUUGGAGGACUUUGCAUCCUCCAUCCUCAUAGCGCAGUCGCCUACAGCAACCAGAUCAGGCUCGCCCCUUCGCACGCGCAACGACUCCUACUUCUACUCCCGCGCCGGAAUUUCGCCCCUGACCGCCGUCAACGCCUACAGCCCAACCGGCCCCGGCGGCGCAGCCGGUACUUCCAUCGCCAGCGUCAUCCUCGCCCGGAACCUGGACCGCGCACCCAAGGCCGUGCAGAUUCAGGUCCUCGAGCUCCUGCGCACCCGCCGCAUCUUCACUCGUACUUCCGUCCAGACCGCUCCCAAGCAGUUCCUUUUUGUCGCUGCGUUGGCUGCCGAGAGCGGAGGCCAGGCUCACGUUACGCUGCACUUAAACGACUACUUCUUCAUCGCCCACUGGCACGAUCCAGACGAUGGCUUUGCCAACCUGGAUGAAGCGUACGACAAAGCCGACGAUGCCGAGACUGCCAGCACCGAAAGCGUAGUGAAGAAGAGCAUCAACGAGGAGGCGAUGGCGGUCAGCGAGGAUCCCCUUUUAAGUGAAGGUGACAUUGCAUCUUUGGCUAAGCUAAGCCGAGAAGUCCAGGUCAACGUGGACGUGCUACGCUAUCAAAUGAACAUUGUCACGUAUUUGAGGAUGCACCGCGCCGUUGCCGGCGGCAUCGAGCCAAUUGCCACGAAGCAUCUCGACCAGCUGCUGAGAUGCCUUGCCCCCUUGCACAGCCUGGACUUUGUGACGCCGGCUCUCGUUCACUUGGCAGUUAGGAAAGUCUACCUGCAUCGGAUCCGGAUCGUGCACGCAAAACAGGAAAGGAGCAUGCAGUGGGGCAGCCAGCAGGAAGCCAUCGAAUCCAUUCUUGAAGGCGUGGGCGCCGAGGACGUAAUCGAAGACGUGAUAAAUAUGGUGGCGGCACCGCUUUGAAGGCAAAUCUGACUAUUUGUCCAGCGAGUGUGGCUGAUUCUAAUCAAUAGCUACGUCUUGACGAGUCUUUAUCCUUGAUACCCAUGGGAAACCAUUCGAGACAUGGAACGCCCGCCGUCGAUCCGUGUACUGAUGCGUUUCCUGCAUCUACCUUGUAACGUUCGUUGGUCUCAAAUACACUUAUUCGUAAUCGAACAUUC